UCUUGUGUAGUUUCUGCGGCGCGGAGGUGUCGGUUCCCGGCGCAGCCCGGCACCAGCCCGCCGAGCGGGAGCGAGCUCAGCCCGGCGCCUGCAGCCCCCCGCGCCGCCCCUCUGCCCUCCUCUCCCGCAGAGCGAUGGUGCGGAGGGCGCCCGGCGUGUCCCUCGCCCUGCUCCUCUGGGUGACGGCCGCCUGCGGCAGCCCCGACGGGUCGGGGGCAGCCGCCGCCGCCCGAAGGCAGGACGAGGCUUUCUCCACMGCCAGAUGCACCUCCAGGUGCCUGAGCCUCCAGAUCACCCGCAUCUCCGCCUUCUUCAAGCAUUUCCAGAACAAUGGGUCACUUGCUUGGUGCCAGAAUCAUAAACAGUGUUCAAAGUGCCUGGAGCCCUGCAAAGAGUCCUGGGACCUGAAGAAAAACCAUUGCCAAAGCUUCUGUGAGCCUCUUUUCCCCAAGAAGAAUUAUGAAUGCCUAACUAGCUGCGAAUUCCUUAAGUACAUCCUGUCAGUGAAGCAAGGGGACUGCCCAGCCCCAGAGAAGGCCAGUGGUUUUGCAGCUGCCUGUGUUGAAAGYUGUGAAGCUGACACUGAAUGCUUUGGAGUGAAGAAAUGCUGCUCCAAUGGAUGCGGUCAUACGUGCCAAGUUCCAAAAAAUCUGUACAAAGGUGUUCCACUGAAACCCCGAAAGGAAUUAAAAUUCAUAGAGCAUCAAUCUGGAGACCUGGAGGUGAAGUGGUCUUCAAAAUUCAAUAUUUCCAUUGAGCCUGUGAUCUACGUUGUUCAGAGGAGGUGGAAUCAAGGAAUCCAUCCAAGUGAGGAUGACGCUACAAACUGGCAGACUGUGGCACAGACUACGGAYGAGCGGGUUCGGCUGGCGGACAUCCGAGCGAGCCGCUGGUACCAGUUCCGCGUGGCCGCUGUCAACGUGCACGGGACCAGGGGAUUCACUGCCCCCAGCAAGCACUUCCGCUCCUCCAAAGAUCCAUCUGCUCCACCAGCUCCAUCUAAUAUCAGAAUUGCCAAUAUCAGUGCAAACAAUGAUGGAAGUGUAAAUGUAGUGAUUACUUGGGAUCUYCCAGAAGAUCCUGAUAUCCCAGUGCACCACUACAAAGUCUUCUGGAGCUGGACAUACAGCAAAUAUGUAAUCCCAGCCAAAAAAAAGAGAAGRAAGAUUACCGAUGGGGCCCAAAAUUAUGUGGUCCUGGAGGGGCUCCAACCCAACAGCAACUACAACGUAGAGCUGCAGGCAGUGACACGCUGGGGUCAGAUUCGCCUGAAAAGUGCUAAGGUUUCUCUSCAUUUUAGCACAACUCAGGACAUCAGCAAUAAUAAGGAACGGACAUCUGCUGAGAAGCCACAGAAAGGACUGAUAGAUUCUUACCCGACCUUUCAGAGAAGGAAAACCACUCGUUUUCUUAAAGUUGGAGCUCCUUUCUAUCAGGACAACCAACUUCAGGUCAAAGUCUACUGGAAGAAGACAGAUAUCAGCAUGAAUCAAUUCCAAGUCCACUGGUUACCGGAGUCCUGUGCACACAAUGACACCAAAGGACUUAGGAAAGUAACAGAGCUGACUUAUGAAAACUACAUUAUUCUGAAGGACCUGUCAUUUUCGUGCAAAUACAAAGUAACUGUUCUGCCUGCAAAAUCUAAAGGUCGUUUUAAGGCUGAGAGUGCUUUCUUUGUUACCCCACCUUGCWCUGCAUUUAAAGACAAAAAACACAAGCACAUUAAUUGUCCUGCAGAAGGAGUGCCAGUUCUACCCAAAGUGUUGGCCAAACCYGAGAAUCUGUCUGCGUCCUUCAUUGUUCAGGAAGGGAACAUCACUGGCCAUUUUUCCUGGAAGAUAUCUAAGGCAGACCUUCACCAGCCCAUGACAGGGUUUCAGGUCACUUGGGCAGAAGUGACCACAGAGAGUCGGCAGAACAGUUUGCCCAACAGCAUCAUUUCACAGUCGCAGAUACUGCCAGCAGACCAUUAUGUCCUCACCGUGCCCAACCUGAGGCCAUCGAUGCUGUACCGUCUGGAAGUUCAGGUGCUGACGACCGGCGGGGAAGGGCCAGCGACGAUUAAAUCCUUCCGAACACCCGACCUCCCUCCCUUUUCACCCCACAGGCCUCAUCUGAAACAACAUCAUCCACAUCACUACAAGCCACCCCCAGAGAAAUAUUAGACUGUUUCAGAUGAUUAUACAGAUAACUGAGGGAAAAAAAAACUGAGCUCCCCAAUGAGGGCUGGGUAACAGCCCAUCUGUUGGAGCAGUGAACCCAGGUUUCCAGUGAAAGUUGCCAUCCUGUACGGUCUGUAUCUACUUCUCUGUAGUUUAGCCAUGAAGAAUUAUAUUUGCACCACGACCAGGGUGAAUCCUACAGCAAGUAUCAUUUCAGUACCAGCACUGUUCAACAAACUGAAGAUUGCAUCCAACUCAAUGCCUGUGAGAAUAUUGGAAUUGUGUUCAUUAUAAUGUUUUCAUAUUCUGUGUUUAAAGUAGGUUGAAACGGUGCRGUGUAUACAACUUUUUCUCUUACUGUAUUCAAUGUUACUCUUUUCAAGGUCCUGUGAUGUAUACAUACUUUUAAAAGAGGCCAUGUUCUCAUCAGUGAAUUUAAAUUAUCUGUUUUACUUAAAGCCCUAYCUGUGUUCAAUUUAAGCCCUAGUGUAUUUUGCUACUAAAGAAUAUCACCACGUGCCAGAAAUAAGGACAUAGGUAAAAUAAAUACCAGUAGCAGAAACUCUAAAAUAGCCAGUUUUUAAUAACUGCAGUGUCACCAUGGAGGAGGAGGAUGAUACCAGAUGUACUACCCAUCUGGUCUAAAGUGGAAAUGUUCUAUCAUGUAGGACUUCUAUUAAUAUAAUUAAAGAUAUUAAUAGUUAAAGAAUAUACAGGGUAGAAAUACCAUUGCAGAGAAACAAAUGGCAAUUAAUAGAAUAGUUUAAAAUUCAUGGCAAUAAAUGCAAUUAAUCAAUAGGUACUGGAAGAAUAAGUUUUAAGAUCUCACAAUUUUUUAAUAUAUACUAUUUAAAGGUAAAAUAUUAUCAUGAAUAUAAACACCAGUUUUCUAGUUAAAAAUCUGAAUAGUUAAACUGAAAUUCUGGGGCACAUUUGUUAUUCAAGUAGCUGUAGGGCUACUUUUUGGCUUUGAAUUUUGAUGCACAUAUUUCUUUUCCCUGUGGAUCUUUAGAACAGAAGGAUGGAUGUAUUGGCUCUAUUUUGCUGUUCUGCUUACAGAAGAGUUAUGUGACAAUAUUCUGGCAUCUGGAAAACAUUGGCUUAUAGUUUAUUUGAAUUCAUUUUUCAAAUUUAGACAGAAGGGUGCCCUUUUUAACCAUAAGGGAAUUAAUGUUGCCUUAUUGUGCAAUAUAAACUGUCUAGAAUAAUUUGUCACACAGAGACACAUGUCUCAAUAGUAAACAGAAACUGCUUGGAUUUAUUAUUGAGAGGGUGGAAAGUAUCUGCCAAUAGACAUCCAUACAAAUACCCAUAAUCAGCUCUUARUGUUCAAGAUGUUCAAAGCACUCCUGAAUUCUUUGGCACCAUUUCCAUUGCUCCUUGAAUCAUCACAAGUGGCUAACGUACCUUAAAACUUGGGUCCAACUUAUCAAAGUGGCCACUUUUUCUACCAGCAGAUGCUACAGACUCWCCUGUGCUUCAUAUUUUUCUGGGAUAUUCAGUAAGAGUAGCUCAGACGUUGGUGGUAAAUGUAUUUUCCUUGUCUUGAUGACAAACUGUUUUGUGAAAAAGCAAAUAUGAAGAARUAAUCUGAAACCGAGGGUCAGAGCUAUGUUUAUCAUAUUGGGAUGUUCAUGAAAUAUUCAGUUUGUCUAUACUGAAGUUGAUAGCAUUAAUACUGCAGGUGGAGAAGGAAACUGUUAAUUUCCGAUCUGAUUUUUUAACUUGCUCAUUACAAUUUUUGUGCAUUUUUACAUUCAGUUUUAAAGGGCUCUUUUCCAUUCUAUUUUGCAUGUUGUCUUUUUUGAUACUCAUUUAGUGACCAGGAAUUUUCCCAGACUUUUUGUAUUUCUACAUGAUUUGGGCCUUUAACAAUAUCUUUAAGUAUGUUAAAGUCUAUGGYGCUUUUAAUUCCUUCCUCUAUUUUCCAAAAUAUAUUAGCAAAUUAGCAGAUGAAGUCUUCUUCAAAAAAAACCUGUAGUAUAGAGAUUUGUUUUCAGUUUUGUCAGAAGGCCAAAGUCUGAGAGAUUUUUGUCAGGGUGGAGAUGUUUCUUGUGUGUGUUUUUACAAAGAAAACAAAAUUUGAAUUGGCCGUUUGGAUGGCACAGGGGGUAGAUGAAUAUAGAACUGAUCUUUGUGGUGUUUGUUGGAUCAUCAGCAUCAGGGAAAAUAGUUACUUCUGGCUUCUCUGAAGAAGUCUGUGCAAGCCUUUCAAUCACAGUCUGUUCUGGUUGUGCUGCAUCAGAUCUACAGUGACCUGAUUAUUGUUAAUGAAAUUACAUUUCACUCGGAGUGGCACUGUAAAUCAUGGAACACAGAUGUUGGUCUUUGUUGAUGCCAAACCACUGGAGAUAAGCARGAACUGUGAGCCCUGGGUUGUGACACCCUCAUGCUUCUGAGACCAAUCCAAACUGAUGCUGUUUGCUGAUGCCAUUCUCUCUGAAGCAUUUGUCUCUUCAAAGUAACAGGCUCCUUUUGAAGAACAUCGAGAGUUUUUCCCUUCUGGAGUAGGUUGAUCAAAACCAAAAGUUGAUGAAGUAGAAGUGUAUUGAUCCAGUAUAUAUAGAGUCCACUAAGAUGUAAAUUAUUUUUUUUCCUUCUACAAACGAUCUUAACAACUCGCCUUUCAAGUAUUAAAAAUACAGAGUUAACAAAGCUCAUGAAUGGAUAUUAAAUUCCCAGCUGUGAGGGAUUUCCUGAUUAUUUUUUUUUUAAAUUUAGCAGUGCAGAUUUGAAAUUUUUAGUGCCUGAUACUAAAGCUUUCUUUGCUGAAUCGUACAGGGUAUAGUCCUAAUUUGCUASUCUUAGCCACAUUAAACAUUUAAGUCAGCAAUAGAGUUGCAGUUUGCUGCUUAAUUCAUUAGCUAAAAAAUUAUUUUCUCUAAUGAUGUUUGUAAUUCAGAGUUAAUAUUGGGAUGAUAUUAGAGAUAUUGGGAUGUUUUAAGAUACUCUGCACCUUCACACUAAUGUAUUAUUUGCUAUGUACAAUUCUGAUGGAUUUGUCAGUUGAAUUCAGAAUGCGUUUUGUUUAUUUGUUAAAAGAAAAUGAUAAGAUUAUGCUAUUUUUGCUAACUGCUUUGUGAAGUGGAUGUCUUUUCAUUGUGUUUUUAGUUUAAGAAGAAAAUGGUUUGUUCUCAUUAUAUCUUUUUUUUUGACCAUUUUUGAGUUGUUCAUAGAGCAGAAGAAAAUAAGACAGAACUUGUGCUGUGUCAUUCAUAUGUAACAACUUGAAUAUUCAUUAAGAAUACAGCACACAGACAAUAAAUAAGAAGUCUGAUUUUUUGAAUGCUGAAGAUCCUUAACUUAGUGGCUUCAGAAAGGGCUGAGGACAUGGUGUGGCAAUGCUGACAUUGACAUUAAUAUUUGGGGUGGUCACACACAAAGUCAUUGCUAAUGUGGAUGGGAAUUUUACCAUUGGUAUUACCAGAACUGUGUAGAAAUCUUAAUACUGAUUCAAUUUAUUUCACAAGUCUUUCAUUUCCACGCUCCCAGCUGGAGUCAGGGAGAGUUUCAAAUAAGCAGGUCCUGAUUCAGGAAGGUUGGCACAAAGGAAGCCAGUGGGAUGGAAUUAAACCUGUGCAGUUAGAAUGAGCUUUAGUGAUGCUUCAAAUCAAGCAUGGAUGUCAAAGUUUGCUUGAACACUGUCUUAAAUCAGGGCCUUGUAAAACAAAGUGGGGGAACCAGACAGUUCUAAAUUCUGUGUACAACACCAUGAAAACUUUUAUUUUUGUUUGUGUAUAUGUAAAUGUCAUAGUGAUAUUGACUUAUUUAUUAAUUCAUUUUCUUAUACUAUGUGCCAAGUAUGUUCCUACCUUUUUGAUCAGUACCUGUGAACAUCAAUUACUAAAAAURAUGUUAUGCAAACUUGUGCAUUUUAACCAGGAAUAUGAUACUAAUAAGCUGUUGCAUGUAGUUUUCAAUAAUUAAGAAAACCCUUUAUUUAAAAAAUGUAAAUGGAUACCUGCAGAUGUUGAUGAUUAUAUAUGGGUUUGCAUGCCAAAACUCAUUGUUCAGUUGUGGGCAUGAAAUGUAACGACUGUAUUACCUCUACUGAUAUAUUAGUAAGGUACAAUUUGCAAAGUAAUUAACAGAGCUCUAUAUGUAAAAUUUUUCCUUUUUACUUAAUUAUAUUGUAGUAGAGGUAACAGAACUGCUUCUCUGUUACCCAAAUUGGCUGUAGAAAUUAACAGUCAUUUAAAGUCAAUAUUUAUUUAUGUAUGUAAUACAAAAAGAUUGGUCUUAUGUGUUUGUCCUGUUAUUUAGAGAAAAAAAAUACACUUGUAAAAACAUUUUGUAAAAAAAUGUAAAUGUAAAUAGAGUCUGAUUUCUUUUACUCACUAUUUUCAUGUUUAGAAUUUGUACAUACUGUUUAUGUAAUAAACUAUCCUACAUCGAAAUAUUGCUACAUUAUCUCCUCCAUACAGAAUUUAGAAUUUUGUUUUUCUUGAGUUGAAGAGAUAGAACCAUGUAAGAAAAAUUAGUGUCCAAUACCAAAUACCUUUGCUUCAUCUAAAUUUCAUUGCAUAAGAAGUCAUGCCAUUUUAUCCCCUCUUUACUACAGCAUUUUGUUUUCUUUAGAUAGUCAUCAAAAUAAUCUGAAAAUAAAUUUAAAUAUCAUUUGAGUUAUUCACAUUGUAAACCAAUAUUGAMGGUAAAAAGUCAGAACUGGUGCUUUCUCUAUUCUAACUGGAUGGUUCACAGUGCAGAUUUGUUCAUCCUUUUSUUAUGCUGGCUGAAAUUCAUUCAGCUUCAGGAUCUUUUCCACUGGCCUGAUCCUGCAACCCAAGAUUUUCAUGAUUGAAAUUCAGGGCAAAUAUAUGUAUGCACCAAAUUUGGAGUAUUUUCUGUUUUAAAGUGUGGUAUAGUUUAAAUUCUGUAUUUUUAACUAAUAUAAAUAUCUAUCUUAGUACAMAUACUUAACUGUUUCAAAUUUUCAUAGAUGCACUAUUAUUCUCAGGUGCACUAACCUUGGUUUGAAGAUGCACCUUUGGGUAACUCUUGUCUUACCUGUUAAACUUUUUUUUUUUUUUUUUAACUUGAUCAAAACUUUCAAAAUUUCCUGGUAUUUCUGUCUCAUUGGAAUAACUACUUACAUUUCUUUUUACAUAAAUGAAUCAUAUUUAGAAAAACCCCUACAGUUAAAUUUCUGUGCAAGUUGGACUAUUUCUAUAAUAUUUGCCAUUAUGGUUCAGUAAACCCAGAUAAUAAUAUAUCACCUGAAGAUGUGAAUGGAUAAGUUGUCAAAAUAAAUGCUUGAAGUGUUCUCUACACUGUAAUUCAGAAUAGCCAUUCAUUUUUUCUUUCCACAUCUUCAAAGAAAUGUUUUAUUCAACAUUGAAUUAAAAGACACAGUGACUGGAUUAAA